AAAACGAAGCAUGCGAAUGAAACCAUGGAGAGCAAGAGAGUCUGGGACUGGGAGAGAGAUCUCAAGAACAUGAGAGAUUACUUUAAGAGCGGGAAGACAAGAGAGGCGAGUUGGAGAGAAUAUCAGCUUCAAGGGCUGCGUCGUUUCCUGGUUGAAAAGGAGCAAGACAUCUCCAUGGCUCUCAUGCAGGAUCUCGGGAAACAUCGCGUCGAGGCUUUUAGAGACGAGGUAGGAACCGUGAUGAAGUCCAUAAAUUUUGCACUGAAGAAUUUGAGAGAAUGGAUGUCAGGCCAAAAGGCCAAAUUGCCGCAAAUAGCACUGCUUACUAGUGCGGAAAUUGUUCCGGAGCCUCUUGGCCUUGUCCUCGUCAUUUCAUCUUGGAAUUUCCCCUUUGGACUGUCAUUGGAGCCCCUCAUCGGAGCGAUAGCUGCCGGAAACAGCGUGGUGUUAAAGCCUUCAGAGUUGUCCUGUGCUUCGUCUUCUCUGCUAGCCUCUGGGCUGACCGGUUACGUGGACAGUGAGGCCAUUAAAAUUGUCCAAGGGGGGCCUGAAGUGGCGGAGCAACUGCUCGAGCAAAGAUGGGACAAAAUAUUCUUUACAGGAAGUGCUCGCGUGGGCCGGAUUGUGAUGUCUGCAGCCGUGAAGCAUUUGACGCCCCUCACUUUGGAGUUGGGCGGAAAAUGCCCUGCCCUCGUUGAUUCCCUUUCCUCUUCUUGGGACUUAGAGGUGGCUGUAAAACGGAUUAUUGUGGGCAAAUAUGGGACUUGUGCCGGUCAGGCAUGUAUAGCGGUCGAUUACGUCCUCGUCGAGAAGAGGUUCUCUUCCACGCUGGUGGAAUUGAUGAAACUCUGGAUCAAGAAAAUGUUUGGAGAAAAUCCAAGAGAAACCAACGCUAUUGCGAGGAUCGUUAAUAAACAACACUUCUUUAGACUCCAGAGUCUUCUUGCUGAUGCCAAUGUCAAAAAAUCGGUGAUUUAUGGUGGCUCAAUAAUGGAUGAAGAAAAUUUAUUUAUUGAACCAACAAUCCUGGUCGAUCCCCCACUUGAAGCGGCAAUCAUGACUGACGAAAUAUUUGGCCCAUUGCUGCCCGUUAUUACGCUAGACAAAGUUGAAGACGGUAUUGAGUUCAUAAACUCUAGGCCUAAGCCUCUGGCGCUGUAUGUCUUCACCAAAAACAAAGAGCUGCAGCGAAGAAUGAUAUCCGAAACAUCAUCAGGAAGCGUGACUUUCAACGACGCUAUUCUACAAUAUGCUGCGGAUACUCUCCCAUUUGGAGGAGUAGGAGGAAGUGGAUUUGGCAGUUAUCAUGGCAAGUUUUCAUUCGACACAUUCAGCCACCAGAAGGCCGUCGUCAAAAGAAGCUUCCUCACUGACUUCUGGUUUAGAUUUCCUCCUUGGACUCCCAACAAGCUGCUGCUGCUUGAGAUGGCUUACAAUUAUGACUAUUUUGGGUUGCUUCUCGUCUUGCUUGGCUUGAAAAGACCUUCCAAACGCACCUCACUCAUCUAGGACACUGCUGUUGAAAACUUGAGCCCGCUGCUACACGUACGUACGGGUGCUCGAGCUCUCGGUACAGUGAAUCCAACGUACGUUUCUUUCAACUGGAUUGAAAAAUGUUGGACUCCACCCCAGAGCUCCUACUUCCUCUAGCUUUUGCCUUGGUAUUAUAUCACAGUGUGUCUUAUUUCUCCUCCAUCUACCCUAUUAUAUCACAGUGUGUCCUAUUUCUCCUCCAUCUACCCCCCUUUCUCUAUGUUCCGGUUUGGACUUCGAUCGGAUAAAGGGACUCUGAAUUGCACGUGUAAUACAUGUAAAACUCUCGUUUCUAUCCAAUAGAUUCUAUAUUAUAGGCUAGGA